ACUGAGCAGCGCCCAGGGAGCCCAACCCCUAAGCUAACAGAGGAAGAGGGUCACUCCAUUGCUAAGGUACUUGACUGGUUCAGCCAGAGCUCCGGUCCCUCUAGUAGAUUUGAAAUGAGACACGACAUGGAAGAAGGAAGCAAAGAUCAUGAACGCAUCACUAGCCUAGAGAGUAAGUCAUCAGAGAAGGCAAAUUCUUCUGAAAGUAAGAGAAUGCUGAAGCCUUCACCAAAGCCCAGGAGAGGACUACUAGCAUUUUUCUCAAGAGCAGAGGUAAAGGAAGUUGAAGAUGAAGCAUCUUACCCUGCUGAGGAUAAGGAGGUUGCAUGCCAAGAUGUUCCACUGGUGUUGAGCGAAGAACAAACAACCUUGACAACCUUGACAGAGAAGAUGAAGAACGAACAAGAGGGAUUAGGUAUUUCAACCAGUCAGAGAACUCUGUGUAAUGUGAAAGAGAAUUGUGAUCAAAAGGAAUUACUCUCAUCAGCCAACUUAAAGUCUUUAGAGGGAAGAGCAGGUAGGAAACCUAAUAUUCUGACUGGGAAUAAGGGGACACUGGCUUCAAGGCAGGGAAACCAGUGUGCUCUAGAAAGAGAAUCUGAAAACCCCACAGCAGGGCAGAAUGUGUUUUCAGACAAAAUUGAUAACUCAUCCAAAGCCCACAAACAGAAGGACGAAAGCAGACCUUUACAAUUUGACCACAACACAAUAAAUAUGAGCAAUUCACAGAGUGUAGAAAGUCAUAACGAGGAGCAGUACAUAAGUUCCGAACACGGAAAAUCAUAUAUUUCUGUUAAGCCAACCUUUGGGGGAGGAACCUCCCUAAAUGAUAGUGUUAGUUCAGUGAGUUAUGAAAGAUUAGAAGGCUUGUCACAGGGAGCUGAUAGCACUGAUGCCCAUCAGGAACAUGAAGCAGCCAUGCAGCACCCAUCACUGAGCCCUGGGAAAGAGCAAGGCAUGCAUACUUACACUCCCCCUUUGAAACUGUCUUUAAGUCAACAGGAGGGUAAAGCCAUUCUUAUCAAAAACCUUAGAGCUCUUUGGGAAGAAGAAAAAACUAAAUAUAAUCUUGGUGUCACAAAAGCAAAGGUGACUUCUGACAUCCAAGCAGAGCAAAGUGAAGGCGCAUCUCCUCGAGACUCUAGAGAAAAGGUCAAUGCAUCUCAACAUGACAUUCGAGCAGUAGUUUCAGACUCACAUCAGGACCGUGAACCAAAAGAAAGAGAGACGGUGACAGAAAACAAACCACAAUCUCCGUGGAUGGGAGACUCCCUUAAACAAAUUGGUACACAUGAGACCAAGAAGCUGUCACCUUCAACUGAGACAAAAUCAUUAUGCGCCACAAACCCAAACCAAAUUGUUAAUUUGUAUACAGAUAAGUCAACCCCCAGAAGCAAACGGAAAAGUCAAAAUAAACCAAUGGUUAAUUUGAAGACAGACAAAUCCCCCCUCAAUAAGAAACAGAAAAGCCAAACAAUAGCCCAUAGUCCAAAAGGCCAAUCAAAGAUUCCUUGCCGAAGCUCAUACAAAACCAGGCUUGACCACUCUCCUUUGAAAACCUAUGCCAUUGAUAUUGGAGUAGAGGGAACAGAUGGGAGCAUAUCAGAGGACCAUUCAACAACUUCCGUAAAACAUACAAGAAGACCUUCUACUGAAGACACACAAUUGCAACAUGAGCAAUCUAAAAGGUGUGACAACGAAAAUAUGGCCUAUUUUCAAACCAAGAGAGGGCGAUCUGAGCAGAGACAGCCAACAACCUGCACUGAUGAGCAAGCUCAGCUGCAUGGCAGCAGUACCCCAGAGUCUCCCGCAAAGUCUGCAAGGCAACGAACAAGGCAAUCCAGCUCAGGUAACAUUCAUCUAGGUCAGAACAGCCCUAGACAAAUGUCCCCUGAAGAUGUUGGAGUAGUGAAGCAAUAUGGGUCCCCCUCACACGAUGGUAGGAGAACUGCUAGAGGUGAACGUUUUGGACGCACCUUUAAAGUCAGAGAAAAGGAAGUGGUAAAAGAUUCAGAAGCAAGAUCUGUAGCUGCUCUGGACCGUCAGGAUUGUGUUUCAGAGUGGAUGCACGUCCCAGUAUUCUUUGACAGAUCAGGCAAGAACAGAAUCCAGGCAGAGGAUAUCGCCCCAGAGGAAAUAAUGGGUAAAGUGAGUAAUGACAGCUCACCAUCCCACCACAGCUCACUGGAGCUUGGCUCUUCCUGGAGCAGCACACCUGAACCAUGGUCUUACUCCUGGGCAAGUUCAGCCUAUAAUAGUGAGGAUACAAGCCCGGUUCGGACCAUGUUGAAACGAGCUUCAAGGCCAAUGUCUUUAUCGAAAAGUUUGGAGGACAUUACAACAAUGCCAGCUCGAGAGGAAAGAAUGAGGACAGACCAAAGAAGCGACCUAAUGCUUAGCGCAAACGAUGUUUCUGUCGCCCCUUCAUCGCCUACGUCUGCCCCAGACCCGGAACAGAUGAAGAGGAUAAGCGCAUCAGUUCCUGCAUUCCUACAGCAGGAGAGUUAUGACAGAGAGAGUGACUGCACAUCAGAGAACAGCUUUUACUCACCACACAGACCCCAAAAGAGGAACUCACACACUAACCAUAGCUUCAGUUCUGGCAUGGCAUCAAUGUCGUCUUCUGUCAGUGGCAGCAUCAUGAGUAUCUACAGUGGUGAUUUUGGCAGUGUGGACGUAAAAGGGACCAUACAGUUUGCCAUGAAUUAUGUGGAGAAGCUGGGGGAGUUCCACAUCUUUGUUGUCCAAUGCAGAGAUCUAGCAGUGGCAGAGCCUAAAAGAAACCGGUCUGAUCCGUAUGUUAAGUGUUACCUUUUGCCAGACAAGACAAAGUUGGGAAAGAGGAAAACAAGUAUAAAAAAGAAGACUUUGAAUCCUACUUUCAAUGAAAUCCUAAGGUACAAGAUUUCCUUUGACACUCUGAGGAUUACUACACUGAACCUCUCUGUGUGGCACAAUGACAACUUUGGGAGAAACAGCUUUCUUGGAGAGGUGGAUGUUGAUUUGAGAGAGUGGAGCAUCUCUGACACACAGAUGAAGGAUUACUUGCUGAGACCACGGGUUGUCAGUCGCCCCAACACAACUGAACAGAGAGGUGACAUGAGAGUAGCUUUACGCUUUCUCCCACAGGUAACACAGAGCAAGAGAGCUUCUAAGGCAGGUGAAGUGCAAAUCUGGGUGAGAGAAUGCAAGAACCUGCCUGUUGUAAGAGGUGUAAUCAUUGAUCCUUUUGUUAAAUGCACAGUGCUCCCUGAUACAAGCAGGAAAGGUCGGCAGAAGACGCGGGUGGCAAAGAAAACGGCUGAUCCAGUGUUUAAUCACACUAUGGUUUAUGACGGCUUCAAACUUGAGGACCUUCGAGAGGCCUGCGUGGAGCUCACGGUGUGGGACCAUGACAGGCUUAGUAACCACUUCUUGGGAGGCCUCAGGCUAGGUCUUGGAACAGGCAAAAGUUAUGGCUCUGAAGUUACCUGGAUGGACUCCACCUCUGAUGAAGCAAAACUGUGGAACCGAAUGAUGAUUUCUCAGGGUGAAUGGGUGGAAGAUGUUUUACCACUGAGAAUGUUAAUGAUGGCAAAAUAAAGUCACCUAAUGGUUAAGUAUGACCAUUAAGUAUGAGUAAUGGCCCCAGCUGUGGCGCGACUGGGGAACCUGCACCGUACGCCGGCGACCCGGGUUCGAUUCCCGCCCCGUGGUCCUUUCUGGAUCCCACCCUGACUCUCUCUCCCACUU